CUGUCACGUGACAUUGUUGUAAGUAUGGCGUUUCCCCGCUGCCGAUACGGCGUGGAAACAAACUUUUAGUUUUUCCUAAAUGGACCUUCCGUGCCUCCCGUGGCAAGACCACGUCGCUCGCAAGUGGGCCGGACUCGAACCCGAGUUCAGGGAGCGUUUUAAGUCCCUGCUUGAAAUUGAAGAUAUCUUUGAGAGCGCCCUGAGUGUCACAAACAAGGACGAUGCGGAGCGUCUGCGCCGCAUCUCUGCGGAAGGACACGAUGACACGCGGAAAGGCGCCGCGGAGGCGUCCGCAUGCAGGGAGCGCGGAAACGCCAGCUUCAAGAGGGGCGAGUACGCCGAGGCCGCGCUGCACUACUCGCAGGGCGUGUGUUUGUCCCCCCAAAGUUCGGAGCAGCUGUCGCUGUGCUACGCCAAUCGCUCUGCGGCACUUUACCACCUGCAGCACUACCAGGACGCUCUGGAGGACGUGUCGGACGCCGAGAAGAGCGGCUACCCGCCGGCUCUGGCGCACAAGUUGGCCGCGCGCCGCGCGCAAUGCCGGGCGCGCCUGCCGUCCUCCAGCGUCGCCGCAGAGCCAGACGACCGCUCGGGGACGUCUCCCAAAGUGGCGGUGCGCUUCAGCCCGGAGAAAGGUCGCCACAUGGUGGCGACGGAGGCCAUCGCGGCAGGGGAGGUGAUCCUGAGCGAGAGGCCCUUCGGCUCGGUUCUCGUGGCGAGCGACGGCGCCUUUGGGACGGAGCGGCGGCACUGCCACGCCUGCUUGAAGCCCGCCCGGCGAUUGGUCCCGUGCGCCGGGUGCUCGUACGCCCGCUACUGCGGCGCCCGCUGCAGGGACGGCGCCUGGGAGGAGCACCACCGCUGGGAAUGCCCGCUGGGCGCCCGCUUGUCGGCCGCCGGCGUCCUGUCGCACUUGGCGCUGAGGGUGGCGCUCAAAGCGGGCGUGGCCAACGCGGGCGGCGCCGCCUACCGAGGCGUCUGGGACCUCCUGCACCACGUGGAGCGGCACGCCGCCAGCAUGCGCUUCCUGUGCGCCGUGACCGCGGCCACGCUGCGGCUGGCGCUCGGCGAGACGGCGACGUCGCCCGUCGGACGGGCGGAGGACGCGGGGGGGCGGCUGCUGGGCGUGGCCAUGCUGAGGCACGCGCUGCAGCUGCGCUGCAACGCGCAGGCCGUCGUCACGCUGCAACAGCCAGGCUUGUCGGACGCUCACGUGCAGUCCGUUGAGGAGCGACGGGUCGCCACGGCCGUCUUCCCGACGCUGAGUCUCAUCAACCACUCGUGUCGGCCCAACACAAGCUUGAGCUUCGGCGCCGGUGGCGCCGUCACGCUGCGAGCGGCGCGAAGCCUGCGUCCCGGGCAAGAGGUCGCCCACUGCUACGGUCCUCACAGUAGCAGAAUGGUCACCGGGGAGCGGCGGCGCCUCCUGCAGGAGCAGUACUUCUUCCUGUGCCGCUGCGAAGCCUGCCAGGAGGACCGGUCGCCGGACGAAGAAUCUGGACUGUUGUGCGCCCGCUGCGACGCUUCCCUCCUGCCUUCCAGCGGAGGCGACCAUUCGUGCGGCUCCUGCGGCGGCGCAUGGUCCGGCGGCGAGCUGAGCCAAACGUUGCGGGACGUCCGACGCGACUUGGACGCGGCGGCCCAUCUCCUGGAGACGGAACAACCCGGCGAGGCGGCCGUCCUGCUGGAGCGGUCGCAGGCGCGGUGGCGGCGGGCGGGCGUGGCGCCGGCGCGCACGCACGAGCUGAGUGGCCGCACGGAGGACGCCUUGGCCCGGGCGCACGCGCACAAAGGCGAUUGGGCGCGCGCGGCCGAGCACUUGGAGCUUAGCGCCGCCGCCGUGGCGGCUCGCUUCGGAGCGGACAGCGUGGAGAUGGCGCGACAGGUCGCCAAGCUGGCGCAGCUGCACUUCAACGCCGGCUCCAGAGCGUCGGCGCUGUCCGUCAUCCCGGAGGCGCGCCGCCUCCUCGCCCUGCACUGCGGCGCCCUCUGCCCCGAAGUGCGGGAACUGCAGGCCAUGGAGGACUGCUUGCGCCGUUGACGC